AUGUCCUUAGCUGAUUGUUUGUUCAUUGGCUUAAAUAAGAUGAAGUGGAAAGUUGUGACCAAAACGUCUUGUUCGAAAGUCACGAAAAAGAAAACAUUAUUUUAUAAAAAACAACACCAGGCCAUCGUCACAACGGUUAGGCUGCUGAUGUCUCCCCUGUCUGAAAAUGAUACUUUCCUUUGUGUUAAUUUAGCGCUAAGUUAA